GUUUGCCUGUAUUUGCAACAAAGCAUUAUCAUGGCGUGUCAUGUGAUGUGUGUUUAUCUUCUGGUGGCAAUAGUUGUUGCCUUUGGCAGCUCCACGGCGGCUCAUGUAAAACCGAAACGAAACAUUUUUGAAAACUGUCCAGAAAAUACGAUCCCCGCCAGUGCUGUAUUUGAUCCCGCCAUAGGAAAGUUCCUGUUCUCGUGUAGGAAGGCACCUGCGCCUAUUGGUAAAUGUGUAAUUUUAGAGGAAGCCGAUCCAACACAAUCACUGAAGUGUCCUCCCGACUUUGUGCUGAUGGGCAGUGAGCGAAUAAUCUGCUGUGAACUAAAAGGUAUUGCUGCUACGGCGGAUUGCUUUAGACCAAAGACAUUGUAUUCGUUCAAACUUGGGUUUGUUAUUCCGUUCCCUAAAGACUUCGCAGCGGUUGGCAGAUUGAACUAUGGGUCCUGCAGGGCAGAUCCAACCGUGUUCCAGAUCGAGAUUUGCAAAUUAACACCUAGAACGGCCUAUAACUCUUACCAUCUAAUGUAGGCAAAUAUUCGUCAACACAUAGUUGGCGAAUUACAUCGGUACCCGUGUGGCAUUGAUCAACUGUGAAUGUGUGGGCUUUGAUAGUGAUAAAGAGAUUCGCAUGGUUUUGGUCCAUAUAUCAUUAACUUGUAAAGCUAGUUAGUCACUAUCGUGAUGGCAUGCUACUGUUAGAUCAUGUCCUAUCGGGUAACGUACAAUAAAUGUGAUUUUGCAAAAAUG